AUGUCCAGGCCACACCAGCUAUCUCUGAUCGAGAGACUGCUCGACCACAGUCAACCGAAGUUGGCAGCCCCGCGCCUACCCAGACUGCUCCCCUCCUCCCCUCCUCUUCUUCCCACUCAUCUACCCUCCCUGCCUCUACUUCCUCUCUCUCCUCUAAUCUCUCCUCCUCCUCUUCGUCUUUCCCUUCUGCUCCUCUCCCCAACUCUUCCUCCCUCUCUUCUCCUACCCUCUCCACCUCCCUUCCAAAUCUCCAAUCCCCCAAUCCCGAUCUCGCUACACCACCAGACGAUAAAUCUGCUGAAAAUGCUGUAG